AUGAGUCUAUUAUCCACGGUUACAUUCUAUGUCUCACUCCUUCUAAUUGGACAUGCUGGAUUUUCCAGUUUUGAAUUCCAUCAAUUGGCAAAGAAAAUAAAUAUAUCAGAUCCUCAACUUCCAAGAGACAUCAAAUAUGAAUCUUAUUUAGGUCUAAUUCUAUUCAUAAUAUCGGCAUUUCUGGCAUUCACAAAACUUACUUACUUACCAUUGAGAUACGACAAUCAAUCUACGAAACAAGUAUUGUCUCAAGGCCAAUACCUAAAGGAAACCCCAUUCAAUAAGGCAACUAACGUAGAUAAUAUGAUUGGUAACGACGCUAAUGGCGAAGUUAAUUUUAUGACAAGCUUUAUAGAUAUAUCUGCAAAGAGGGCACAGUUCAAAAAGUCAUUGUCCAAUUAA